AGCCAUGGGGGUGACGACGAAUGCCGUCUCCUCUUAACUCUCACACAGUCCAUUUCCCCGGGGAGGUCGUAUCUCCUCCACUCACCGUCUCUAUAAAUAGGGUUCCCUCCCCCGGGAGUUCGUAUCUCCUCCACUCACCAUCUCUAUAAACAGGGAUCCCUCCCCGGGGAGCCACUCAUCUUGUUCUGUUCCUAAGCUCUGGUGAGCUGCUACCGAUGGCUCCUGCUAAUCUGCGUAAUCAGAGGGUGUUCACCUUCGGCAAGGGGAAGAGUGAAGGCAACAAGAACAUGAAGGCUUUGUUGGGCGGGAAAGGAGCGAACCUGGCCGAGAUGGCGAGCAUCGGGCUGUCGGUGCCACCGGGGCUGACGGUGUCGACGGAGGCGUGCCAGGAGUACCAGGAGUGCGGCCACAAGCUGCCGGCCGGCCUCUGGGAGGAGAUACUGGACGCCCUGGCUGCAGUGGAGGCGGACAUGGGGGCUCGUCUCGGCGAUCCAGCGCGGCCGCUCCUCGUCUCCGUUCGCUCCGGCGCCGCGGUGUCGAUGCCUGGGAUGAUGGACACGGUCCUCAACCUGGGCCUCAACGACGAGGUGGUGGCGGGGCUAGCGAUCAAGAGCGGCGACCGGUUCGCCUACGACUCCUACCGCCGCUUCUUGGACAUGUUUGGGAAUGUGGUGAUGGGGAUCGCACACUCGCUGUUUGAAGAAAAGCUGGAAGCCCUGAAGAAGGCAAAAGGUGCGAAGCAGGACACCGACCUCAGCGCCGCGGACCUCCGGGAACUGGUGGCCCAGUACAAGAACGUGUACGUCGACGCGAAAGGCGAGCGGUUCCCUACAGAUCCGAAGAGGCAGUUGUACCUGGCGGUGAUCGCCGUCUUCGAUUCGUGGGACAGCUCGAGGGCGAAGAAGUACCGGAGCAUCAACCAGAUCACGGGGCUCAAGGGGACGGCGGUGAAUGUGCAGUGCAUGGUGUUUGGGAACAUGGGGAACACCUCGGGGACUGGGGUGCUCUUCACGCGGAACCCCAGCACGGGCGAGAAGAAGCUCUACGGGGAGUUCCUCGUCAAUGCUCAGGGUGAGGAUGUUGUUGCCGGAAUCAGAACUCCACAGGAUCUGGACACUAUGAAGCAAUGUGUGCCAGACGCUUAUGAUGAGCUUGUGGAGAAUUGUGAAAUUCUAGAGCGGCAUUACAAAGACAUGAUGGAUAUAGAGUUUACUGUUCAGGAAAAUAGGCUUUGGAUGCUGCAGUGCCGAGCAGGAAAGCGCACUGGAAAUGGUGCAGUGAAGAUUGCAGUUGAGAUGGUCAAAGAAGGUCUUGUUGAUAUUCAUUCUGCUAUUAAGAUGGUGGAGCCAGGUCAUGUGGACCAACUUCUUCAUCCACAGUUUGAAAAUCCAUCUGCAUACAAGGACAAAGUGAUUGCGACAGGCUUGCCUGCAUCACCAGGAGCCGCAGUUGGUCAAGUUGUCUUCACUGCUGAUGAUGCUGAAGCAUGGCAUGCUCAGGGCAAGGCUGUUAUUCUGGUGAGGACAGAGACUAGCCCAGAGGAUAUUGGUGGCAUGCAUGCCGCUGAAGGAAUUCUGACAGCUAGAGGUGGUAUGACUUCCCAUGCAGCUGUUGUAGCACGUGGGUGGGGAAAAUCCUGUGUUUCUGGCUGCUCUGAUAUUCGUGUAAAUGAUGCAGAUAAGGUGGUGGUUAUUGGAGACAAAGUGAUACAUGAAGGUGACUGGCUAUCCCUCAAUGGAUCAACUGGAGAGGUAAUUACAGGGAAGCAACCACUUUCUCCACCAGCUCUGAGUGGUGACUUGGGAACCUUCAUGUCAUGGGUUGAUGAGAUACGGCAACUUAAGGUCAUGGCAAAUGCAGAUACGCCUGAUGAUGCUCUGACAGCAAGAAAUAAUGGUGCACAAGGGAUUGGACUCUGUAGGACAGAGCACAUGUUCUUUGCUUCAGAUGAAAGGAUAAAGGCUGUCAGACAAAUGAUAAUGGCAUCAAAUCUUGAACAGAGACAACGAGCAUUAAACCUCCUCUUGCCCUAUCAGAGAUCAGACUUUGAAGGAAUCUUUCAUGCCAUGGAUGGGUUUCCAGUGACUAUCCGGCUACUGGACCCUCCACUCCAUGAGUUUCUGCCAGAGGGUAAUCUUGAGGAUAUUGUUAGUGAACUGGCUUCGGAAACCGGUGCAAAAGAAGAAGAAAUCUUUUCAAGGGUGGAAAAGCUUUCUGAAGUAAAUCCGAUGCUCGGUUUCCGUGGUUGCAGGCUUGGCAUAUCAUAUCCAGAGUUGACUGAGAUGCAAACUCGUGCUAUAUUUGAAGCUGCUAUUUCUAUGAGCAAACAGGGUGUCAGUGUUUUUCCAGAGGUAAUGGUACCUCUUAUAGGGACACCUCAGGAAUUAGAGCAUCAAGUGAGUCUAAUACGGAAGAUAGCUGAGCAAGUCUUCUCCGAGAUGGGAGCCUCCAUAACCUACAAGGUUGGAACCAUGAUUGAGGUUCCCAGGGCUGCCCUUAUUGCAGACGAGAUUGCUGAACAGGCAGAGUUCUUCUCUUUUGGAACAAAUGAUCUUACACAAAUGACAUUUGGUUAUAGUAGGGAUGAUGUUGGCAAGUUUCUGCCAAUCUACUUAUCCAAGGGCAUCCUCCAAAGUGAUCCAUUUGAGGUUCUUGAUCAGAAAGGGGUAGGGCAGCUCAUUAAGGUUGCUGUAGAGAGAGGCCGUAGAGCUAGGCCUGAUAUAAAGUUAGGAAUAUGUGGCGAACAUGGUGGAGAGCCAUCUUCCGUUGCUUUCUUUGCGCAGACUGGACUGGACUACGUCUCAUGUUCUCCAUUCAGGGUCCCAAUUGCAAGGCUUGCAGCAGCUCAGGUGGCAGUAUGACAGGGUUCAAGAUAUGCACAAGGAACCUGAACAUCUGGACAUGUAAUCCAAAUGCUGAAUGUGUACUGCAUUGCUCAGUACUAAUUGCUUCCAUAUCAAGAAUCUAGUUGCUGAUGGGAGCAAGCAGCUUAAAAGCAGUAUCCAGGUAGUGUUAGUGUUGUGUUGUGGUGUCAUCUAGGAAGCAGUGAUGCAUGGCAGUGGUGAGAACUGCCUUUAUCCCCUCUGUUGUAGUUCAAGAAGCACUUGUUGGAGAAAAUAAAAAGCAUGGAAAUUAAUGUUCCACAAA